AUGUGUGUGUUUUUUUCAUUUGCCUACUCGCGUCAAAUUCGCUUGCAGGUGUUCAACAUCCCUGUUGAAUUCCUCCGUGACUGCCGAAAGUUGUGUGAUAUUAAUUUCGGGUGUAUCGCGGGGAAGAGAUAUUAUGAGAGGCGCGGCGAACAACCCGGGUUCUGUGGGUUCCAAGUUUGGGGCUCAUCGACUUGCCCAUCAUCAGAAGAUCGUCGGCGACGAGCAAGCAGCCCAAAUAUAAGGCACGGGAGCAGGAAUGGAGUUUCUUUAGACGAGGUUUGCGAGUCCCGGGUUGCCGUGUCUGCUAUAGAGGACUUGGAGCGGCUUAUUUCGGAAGACAGAGAAUCUGCAGACUUGGUGUUUUCUCGUACGUGGGCAUCAGAGACGAUGAGACGCCGAUCCGGGGCCACCGACUCGUGUAUAUACGCCAUGAGGUGCAAGAACUUAUUUUUCCCGUCCCCUCUGCUGUGGGCCCCAGGCGGAAUUUGUCGGCGGGGUCUUCGGGCAACGGUGCGGGCAUCAGUGUGGAUGAUGAGGUAUUGCUCAGUGCGGGGCUGGAACGUGAAGCCCGGCUUUCCCGUGACUGUCACGUACGGUGCCGCACUUUAGCCCGGAGGCCUUCCAUCAUCAGAUGGUCCACCACUACAUUUAUACACGGGGCAUGGUGUAUUUCGAAAUCCGGCGGUGCUACUUUCGUGGACACGUGCGUGUCUUAUAUUGGCGAGGAUGCGAUCGAAUGUGUCCGAACUCCGUCCUUUUUUGCCCUCUCGAAAGAGACCCUCAUCCGGCUCAUUUCUUCGGACCAGGUACAAUUUCGAGUCGGAUUCUGUGUGAUCCACGGGAUUUGGCGAAUGAGGAUGAGAUCAAUGCAUCAUUUUUGGUGUGAAUGUGUCGCCGAGUCUCAUGUGGUCCUCGACAAUGCAAAUGCGACACGUGUGUAGAUUGAACGAAAUGCACAGCAUUUUUAUUUAUUUUUUUUAUCUGAGCACGCUUUAAUUUUGUUGGAAAAGAAAUUACAUCCCGUGGGUUUCCAAGUCCUCGUUCCAUGAUUUUUUUUCUCUAAAGACCGCAAUGUAUCACGUUAAUUAAGCUCAUUAGGGAGCUGCAACAUUUACUUUAUUUCAUCUUUUGAAAAACUACUGUAGCUGGAUUUUUCUUUUGUGUGCGGCAACGCGUGUCAUUCACAUCUUUUUUCAACACGAUGAAUACAUUCCCCACGAAUUAAUGCCUUCCUUUCUUUUCUAUUCCAUGCAUCUGUUUGCAUUGGAAGAAGAGGAGGUUCGAGCAGUUUGGCGUGGGCAAAAACGCAGGCGUCUGUGAAUGCAGCGACGAGUGCGUGGACAGAAGAGGUGAGGCAGAAAGUCGGCAAUAGCCAGGAACGUUUCUAUUUAAUUCAGAUGAGGCAUUUGGUGAAGCAAAGAUUUCUUAGGAUUAAUAUCCGAGUUAAAUUUCGUUGGUGAAUUCCAUCUUUUUUCAUACGAAACAGCGUAACAAAAUACUGCACUCAAUAUACCCCCACCCCAAAGCAUCAUUAUUUAUUCUAAUCAUGCGUCACUAGUCAGGAUUCAUUUCCUUUUUCGCGCAAUUUUUUUUAUCUUCCAGAAACUAUGAAAUCUGUUUUAAAUGAAAGCGAAAAGGAAUAUUUGAUUUGCCUGGACGUAAAUCUUUUAGUUUUUGAGGCAGUAACUUUUUUCUUCGUCUUGGCAUCAAAAUUUACUUCUUGAGUCUAGAACUAUUGCCAUGUUGACGCGGCCCAGUUAGAUUCAAAAUAAGGAAACCGUCUCCCGGAUCAAUAUUGAAGAGGUUGGACAGGCAAGUGCUCGUUUGUUGUUGAUCCAUGAGUAAGUAAAAGUGCCCUGUGUGGAAACUAUCCGUCCUCAAUUGUGGAUUUUUUCAGUGCCU